GAUGUCCACUGAAGUAGCAUAAAGAAGAAAAUUACAGUAAUGGAUCAAAUCUCUCAGUUACCUGAUCCUAUUUUGCAGCACAUACUAUUCUUCCUACCAGCAAAAGAUGGAGCUCAAACUAGUUUGCUCUCCAAGACAUGGCUGAAAGUCUGGAAUUUGCUUCCUGUAUUUACAUUUGAUUUUCAUCACAACCUUUCCUUAUGGAAACUCUUGUCUAUGGGAAAAGAGGAACCGGAACAAGCUGAUGUAAGAGAUGCUUUCCCAAGUAUUAUAGAUGGCUCGUUGAUAGAUCUCCGCACCCAAAAAGCAAUAAUAGAGAGAUUCCGGCUUUCUCUUAAACUUUCGUAUCUAAAAAAUGCCUCUUGCAUCGAUGAAUGGAUAAGAUUGGCCACCAAUAACUGCAUCAAAGAAUUAGACUUUCAUAUUGAGCGGCAAGAUGAGGAAGAUUGGUACAGUUUGCCAGGUACAACCUUAACUGCUAAAUCGCUGAUGGUUCUGAGAUUGGGCGGUUUUAAGCUAGAGUGGCCUCUAAUUGUUGAUCAUAUAAAUCUUACUAAGUUGAGGGAGCUAUUUCUAACUGAUGUCUUUUUGGAGGAACGGAUAAUCUUUGAAAUUUGUUCUGGUUGUCCAGCGAUAGAAGAUUUAAGUCUCAUCAGGUGUCAGGGAGUAAAAGAUCUAUUGAUUUCUGAUCUCCCCAAACUUGUGAAGCUUACCUUACAUCAAGCGAAUGAGAUAACUCAAAUACAUAAAAGCAUUCACAUUCGAGCUAUGUUCCUUCAUACUCUGUACUACAGAGGAUGUAACAGCGAGUUAAAGUUUGAAGUGACUGAAUUCAAGCAUCUGAAAGAAUUGAGCAUAACAUUUGAGCAGAUUACUGACCCAGUAGUAGAAAAACUUGUUUCUGAACUGCCCCUUCUUGAGAAAUUAGAAUUGAGCUUUUGUUUGAAGUUGACGAGGCUUAAAUUUUCGAGUCGUGUGCUUAGACAGUUGGCAUUCCGUUCUUAUAAGAGUCUUACGGAAAUUGGGAUAGAUACCCCAAACCUCCUGCGUUAUGAAUAUGGAGCUCCUAAAUUGCCUGUCAUAUUCUCUAUGACAGCAUCAUCUCUACAAGAAUCUCAUCUCAAAUUAAUGCCCAACGAUCAUCUCAGCACAAGUUGGUUUGAAAAUUUGAGGGAAUACCUAACUAGAUUCGAACAACUGAAUUCACUGGUUUUGUGUAUUACUUCAAUGACUAAUACAUUCGUCGUGGAAGAACUGAAUGCAACAUCAUCCUGCCCUCUAUCUGUUGUUAAGCGUUUGAAGAUACUGAAAGUUGUGCGGUCUCUAAAUUUUGAAACUCUGUUAGAUGGUCUGCUUUGGACUUGUCAUCCAGAGACUCUGGCAGUUGACAGAAUCUGGGAGGACGAUGAAGUCUUUGUACAGUUCUUGAAGGAGAAACUAAUGGAAAGAGAGAUUGUUCCUGCCUGCUGUGACUCGAGACGUUUCAAAUGUUGGAGGCACUAUCUUAAAGAAGUUAAUGUUGAGAUCUGUAAUAAACAGUUUGGGGAUCCUUCUUCAUCGCGUCAAGUCUCAACCAUUUGUUUCAAACUCAGAUGGUAGAAUACCGAAAUUAGAAGCUCGCUGGUCGUAGGCUGAAAAUUAAUCUCGUCUGUCUUGAUUUGCUAUUUUCACAGUGAUAUGCUUCAUCACUACUGCAGUCUCAAAGUUGGAUUAUGGUAUAUUGACAGCCUUUGUUUAUUUUCUUCUCUUUAUGCCUUUUAAUUUUUAACCAGAUAUUCCCAUGAUUAAAAAAGAUAAACUGGAGGGAGACAGUAACUGCUUCUGUCUUGUGUUGUGAUCUCUAC